CCUCCAUCCGCAAGGACCUCGGCUCUCCGAGUCGACCCGCCGUGAAGUCGAGACGCCUUCACCGGAACUCUACCUGUGACCGCCUUCCUCCACGCAGCCCCACUCUCACCACUGCUCCUCCUCCACCAUCUCUGCCUCGUCGCUCUCGGGGGGCAGGAUGGCGCGGGCCUCUUUUGGGGCCACACUCGGCUGUGCCCUGCUGGCCCUGGUCUUGGGGGCCGGCGUGGAACUGGGGAGUCCCCCCGCUGCGGGGUUCUACCCGCGCUUCAACCCCUUCUUCUUCCUGUGCACCCACCACGGGGAGUUGGAGGGAGCCGGGGUGGCGGAGGGAGACGCAGGGGUGCUCCUCACCUUACAGAUGGCUGGGAACCCCACCACGUACACCCCAGGACAGGAAUACCAAGUGACUGUCUCCACCAGUACCAGUUUUGACGGUCUUCUGGUGACUGGCCUCUACACGUCCAACCCGGUCCAGUCAGCUCCUAUCACGGCCCCAGCAGCUUUCGGUUUUGGUGGGAUGCCGGAGCAGCGGCCGUUCGCCACCCAGUUCGUGUGCAGCGUGGUGGCGUCUCACGUCAGCCAGCAGCCCUCCACCAGCCUCAGCUUCAUAUGGAUCGCCCCGCCGGCCGGCACCGGCUGUGUCCACUUCCUGGCCACUGCUACACAUCGAGGACAGAUCAUCUUCAAGGACGCUCUCGCCCAGCAGCUGUGUGAGCAGGGAGCACCCACCGAGUCCCCACAGAGGCCUACUCUAGCUGAGAUCCAUGGAAACCAUGCUGUACUGCGUGACGACUUUGACUCCAACCUGCAGGGAGAACUGGACCCCAGCAUUUGGUCGGAGUGCCGUAACUGUGAGGUUGGAGAACAGUGUGGGGUUCUGAUGCAGGGCAGAGCAGUCACUUUCUGUGAGCCCUUCGGAGAGAGAGAGAUGACCACUGUCCCUCUCAACACCACCACAGCCUCAGUGCUCCAGUUUGCCUUGGGAUCGGGCUCGUGCCGGUUCAGUUACGCUGACCCCAGCAUCAUCGUUUCGUUCAGUCUGACCAGGAACAACGACUCAGAUGACUGGAUCACCCUGGAGAAGAUCAGAGCACCAACUAACAGCAGCACAGUGGUCCACCUCCUGCCCCUGCCUCGGGGCUCCAGGGGGGACGGGGUACGUCUGCGCUGGUCCCAGGAGGCCCCACAGGGGCCCGAGGGCUACGAGUCGUGCUGGGGCCUGGACAACGUCCUGCUGGUUAAUGCGGCUCACAGACCCCCCCUGCUGGAGGACAACCUGGACCCCUUGGACACGGCCAACUGGCUGUUCUUCCCCGGCGCCAUCGUCAAGCAUGCCUGUCAAUCUGAGGGCAACACCCUGUAUUUCCAUGGCAAUAAUGAGGAGGGGGUUGGCCACACCUUCGCCUCCACCCGAGACAUCGACCUGCACAGGGAGGAGGGGCGGAGCUACUGGGAGGAGGACUUUGAGGGCCCGUCUGCCAACUGGGCCAUUGAAGGUGCGGUGUAUGGGACCCAGUGUGGGGAGAUGGAGUCGGGCCUGUCCCUGGUGUUUGAGCGGGCCGGGGAGAGGCGGUUGUGUACACCCUACCUGGACACCACCUCCUACGGGAACCUGCGCUUCUACUUCACCAUGGGCGGUGGCGAGUGUGACCCAGGAGAGUCACAUGAGCAUGAUGUCAUCUUGUUUGGGAGGUCAGAAGGCAGGAGGGACCAUGUACUGCUGGAUACCCUGCCAUACUCCUCCUACAGGACCUCAUCGGUGGUCUCCGUAGCCCUGCCCACCGACCUCCAGACGCCCGUCACGCAGUUCUGCCUGGAGCAGCGGGCACACGGCGGCGCCGGGCGCCAUGUCUGGGCGGUGGACUUCAUGCAGCUGCUGCCCAUCCUGCCGGGCACCCACACCCACGUGGCCCAGUUCUCCAUCAACCUGGGCUGCGGGUCCUACCAGCCGGCCAACAGCGUGAGUCUGGAGUUUUCCACCAACCACGGCCGUUCGUGGUCUCUGCUCCAUACGGAGUGUCUCCCGGACCUGUGUUCCGGGCCCCAUUUGCCGCACAGCACCGUCUACACUUCGGACAACUACAGCGGUUGGACCAGGAUCGCCAUCCCUUUGCCCAACGCUGCCCUGACGGAGACCACCCAGUUCCGGUGGCGGCAGAGUGGCACGGGAGCGGGCAAUAUGUGGGCCAUAGACAAUGUCUACAUCGGUCCGUCCUGCCUGCGCUUCUGCUCUGGAAGGGGACACUGCUCCCGCACUGGCUGCAAAUGUGACCCAGGGUUUAGUGGUCCAGCGUGUGAGCUGGCCUCCCAGACCUUCCCAGCCUUCCUGUCGGAGGGCUUCUCCAGCCCCAGACUGUCCUCCUACCACAGCUUCUCCUCUUUGAGAGGAGCAGAGGUGAGUUUCGGCUGUGGAGUUCUGGCUAGUGGGAAGGCCCUGGUGUUUAACAGAGACAGCAGACGCCACCUGAUCACGGCACCCCUUGAUAGCUCCCAGGCUAGGUAUCUCCAGUUCACUCUGCGUCUGGGCAGUCGUAGCAGCCUGAGCUCCUGUCCUGCCCCCGACCAGCCAGGAGAGGGCGUCCUGCUGCAUUACUCCUCAGACAAUGGCAUCACCUGGAACCUGCUCCAGCACUACUCCUACCAGGGCUUCCAUGAACCCAGGAUAGUAUCUGUAGAACUCCCCCCCGGUGCCCGCAAGUUUGGCGUCCAGUUCCGCUGGUGGCAGCCGUACCACUCUGGCCGGGGACAUGACGUUUGGGCGGUGGAUGAGAUCACCAUGACCUCUGUGCUCUUCAACACCAUCAGUCUGGACUUCAGCAAUGUGCUGGAUGUCACCCAGAGUCUGGGCUUCUACCUGGGACACGUCCAGCCCUACUGCCAACACGACUGGACCCUCAGUUUCUCCGGGGAGCCCAACCCCGGUUCCAGUAUCCGUUACGUGGAGACCCAGUCGAUGCAGAUCGGGGCGUCCUACACACUGCAGUUCUCAUUGGUCAUGGGUUGCGGCAGAGACCCCUCCCCCCACAUCGACACACAAGUCCGCCUAGAGUUUUCCACCAAUCACGGCCUCACCUGGCACCUGGUCAAAGAGGCAUGCCUCCCGGGGAUGACCAGUUGCUCGGAGUUCACCGCCCCCAGUGUGUACCACCCGUCUGAGUUCACCGACUGGAGGCGGAUCACACUGCCCCUGCCGCACAGAGCAUGGUCCAGUGCGACGCGGUUCCGUUGGAUCCAGAACUACUAUGGGGAGCAGGACGACUGGGCUCUGGAUGACAUCUACAUUGGACAGCAGUGCCCCCAGAUGUGCCGGGGCCACGGAUGGUGUGACCACGGACACUGCAGGUGUGAUGAAGGUUUCUCAGGCCCAGACUGCCAGACCUCCUCUCCACUCUCCUCCAGCGUCCUAUCAGACUUUGAGUCCCAGGAUAGCCUCUCGGCCGCAUGGCAGGAAGUGAUUGGUGGAGAGGUCGUUACCCCUGACAUGGGCUGUGGGGUGGUCUCCUCUGGGUCCUCACUCUACUUCAGCAAGGCUGGACUGAGGCAGUUGGUGAGCUAUGACCUGGACACAGAGUGGGCGGAGUUUGUACAGUUUUACCUGCGUGUGGGUGGAGACUGGGUGGAGUGUAACACGGCAGACAGCAGGGAGGAGGGAGUUCUUCUUCAGUACAGUAACAAUGGAGGAAUCAGCUGGGGACUGAUUGCUGAGAUGUACUUCACUGACUUCACCAAGCCCAGGUUUGUUCACUAUGAGCUGCCGCUGGCCUCCAAGACUCCCUGUACCCGCUUCAGAUGGUGGCAGCCCCUCCACUCUGGCGAGGGUUACGACCAAUGGGCCAUCGAUGAUGUCAUCAUACUAUCAGAGAGAGAGAAGCACAUCAUCCCAGUGGCCAUCCCAACCCUGCCUCAGAACUUCUACGAGAAGCCUGCAUUUGACUACCCGCUGAAUCAGAUGAGUGUGUGGCUGAUGCUGGGUAACGAGGGCCUGGAGAAGGAGAGGAACGGCAGCUUCUGUGCCCCCACACCCUCUGCCAUGGUGUUUGGGCGCUCUGACGGGGACAGGGUGGCUGUCACCAGAGACCUGGCGUUGAGGCCAGGGUAUACCCUACAGUUUAAGUUGAACAUCGGCUGUGAGUCUGAGUUCAGUGCGUCGGCCCCCGUCCUGCUGCAGUACUCCCACGAUGCUGGUCGUACCUGGGCGCUGGUGCGUGAGGGCUGUUACCCAGGAACCUCGGGGGCGGGCGGGUGCGAGGGCAGUGGGCGGGAGCUCAGGGAGCCCACCGUUUACAGCACAGGAGACUAUGAACGCUGGACCAGGGUCACCGUGGUGAUACCGCGCACCGUGGCAGCCAGUAAAACUCGGUUCCGGUGGUUCCAGGAGAGUAGCGUGCACAGAGACGCUCCAGCCUUCGCCCUGGACGGAGUCUACAUCUCAGAGCCCUGCCCAAACCAUUGUGGAGGACAUGGGGACUGCAUCUCUGGGGUCUGCUUCUGCGACAUGGGAUACACAGUGGAGCAGGACAGUUGUGUGCCAGCGGUGGCCAGCCCCACAGAGCUGGCGGAGGGCUUUGAGGGCAAGCUGAGCCCCUUGUGGCAGAGCCUUAGCGGCGGGCAGAUCGGAGGGGGCUGUGGGACCAUCAGCGAGGGCAAGGCCCUGUACUUCAGCAGCCCGGGGAGGAGGGAGGCCCGUACGCUGCCCCUGGACACCACCAACACACGACUUGUCCAGUUCUACAUACGGAUUGGAGGGAAGAAUGUUGGGCCCUCCUGCACCAGACCCCGCUCCCGCAAUGAAGGAGUGAUAGUCCAAUUUUCCAUCAACAAUGGGGUGCAGUGGCAGUUCCUGCGUGAGUUGGACUUUGGGUCCUUCCUGGAGCCCCAGGUGGUGACCAUAGAACUGCCUCCGCCUGCCAAGACCCCCUACACCGUGUUCCGCUGGUGGCAGCCCCAGCAGGGAAAACACUCAGCCCAGUGGGCUCUGGACGAUGUUCUGAUCGGUAUGAACGACAGCUCCAGGACUGGUUUCCAUGACAAGUUUGACGGUUCGUCCCCGCUGAGACACAGCUGGUACCGGGUUCAGGGUGGGGAGGUCACCGUGGACUGUCUGUCUCUGGACACAGCCCUGUCCUUCACCAGCGACGCCACCGACAAGAAGCCGAGAUAUGCAGAGAGCUGGGACUUUGAGGUGUCUGGCUCCUCCUUCCUGCAAUUCGACCUAUCAAUGGGCUGCAGUAAGGCUGCCGGCUCCUCCCACGGAGUCCGGCUGGAGUACUCAACAGACUGCGGCCGCCACUGGAGUCUCCUGACGCCGGAGUGUGUCCCUCCGGCCAUCGGCUGUGCCGGCUACACCAUGAGCUCCAUAUACACCGCCACGCAGUACAGCCGCUGGAGAAGGGUCACCGUCUACCUGCCCAGCGCGGCCAAUUCUCCCAGGACACGGUUCAGGUGGAUCCAGCCCUUCUUUAUCCCCGGGGCCGAUGGCUGGGCCCUGGACAACGUCCUUCUGGCCCCUGGCUGUCCCUGGAUGUGCUCGGGACACGGCCUCUGUGACAACGGCCGCUGUGUGUGUGACCGGGGUUAUGGUGGGGCACACUGUGUCCCUCUAGUCCCCCUGCCAUCUGUUCUGAGAGAUGACUUCAAUGAGAACCUGUCAGCCGAGACCUGGCCUGAGGUGUAUGGGGCAGAGAGGGGGACACUCAGCGGAGAGCCACUAAAAUCUGGCACUGCACUCAUCUUCAAGGGGGAGGGUUUGCGUAUGCUGAUGUCAAGGGACCUGGACUGCAGCAGUACUCUCUACAUUCAGUUCUCCUUCAAGUUCAUCACUAAAGGUGUUCCAGAACGUUCCCACUCAGUGUUACUGCAGUACUCUGUGAACGGAGGGAUCAGCUGGCUGCUGUUGGAUGAGUUCUAUUUCCCCACCUCCACCCACACGCUGUUCAUCCACCUCCCACUGUCUGCCAGCGCCCAGACCAAUGCCACCCGUUUCCGGCUCUGGCAACCAUACAACAGUGGGAAGAAAGAGGAAGUGUGGGUGAUUGAUGACCUGAUCAUUGAUGGCAGCUCCCUCAACAACCCACCAGUAAUUUCAGACAGCUUUGAGGGCGGAGCCCAGGACUACAACUGGCUGUUCUACCCAGGGGGCACCACUGGACUCUACUGCCCCUACCAGAAGACUGGGAUGGAGGAGGAUGAGUCCACAAUGGUGUUUGUCUCAAGUGAGCUUGGAGAACAUUCCAUCACCACCAGAGAUAUUGAUGUCAACGAGAACACCAUCAUCCAGUUUGAGAUCAACGUGGGCUGUACGACGGACAGCUCCUCGUCCAACCCCGUGAGGCUGGAGUUCUCCAGGGACUUCGGGGCCACCUGGCACCUCCUGGUGCCCCUGUGUUCAGGGGGACCCCAACCUUCGUCCCUGUGCUCCACGGAGCUGCACCCCGCCAGUGUCUAUUACCCCGGGACCACGCAGGGCUGGCGGAGGGAGGUCGUACACUUCGGCAAGCUCAGGCUCUGCGGCUCCCUACGAUUCCGUUGGUACCAGGGCUUCUUCUCCAGCGGCUCGUCCCCUCCGACCUGGGCCUUGGACAGCGUGUACAUCGGACCUCAGUGCCAGGACAUGUGUAAUGGACACGGGGCAUGUGUCAGGGGCACCCACUGUCUCUGUGACCCUGGGUACUCAGGUGCAGACUGCUCCGAACCCGACACUCCCAACCCCGACUUCCUCAAGGAAGACUUUGAAGGAGGGGCGGUGGAUGCUGAGCGGUUUAGGCUGCUGAGCGGAGGGAAGCCGAGCAGGAAGUGUGGCAUCAUGUCCAGUGGGAACCAUCUGUUCUUCAGCGAGGACGGCCUGCGUAUGUUGGUCACUAACGACAUGGACCUAGCCAAUGCAAGGUUUGUUCAGUUCUUCCUCCGCCUGGGCUGUGGUAAAGCCCCCCCAGACCCCCGCUCCCAGCCCGUCCUGCUCCAGUUCUCUGUGGACGGAGGUCUGACCUGGGGUCUGCUGCAGGACUUCCUCUUCUCCAACAGCAGCAACCACGCCCGCCUGGUGGCCCUGGAGAUCCCACUGCGUGCCCGAACCCCCUCGACACGGCUACGCUGGUGGCAGCCCUCUGAAAAUGGACACUUCUACAGCCCCUGGGUCAUUGACCAGGUGGUGGUGGGCGGCAGCGCCAGUGGUUGGGGCCCUCUAGAAGAUGAUUUCUCCACCAUGGACGGUCGUUCCUGGCUCCUCCACCCUGGGGGCACUCGGAUGCCUGUGUGUGGUUCUGACGGGGCGGCCUUCGCCUUCAUAGAGAAGUCCAACACGCGCUACGCCGUCACCACGGACAUCAGCCUGGGCCAGGAUGCUUUCAUACAGUUUGACUUCUCGGCUUCCUGCUCCGUCACUAACUCCUGCUAUGCCAUUGAGCUGGAGUAUUCUCUGGACCUGGGUCUAACCUGGCAGCCUGUUGUCCGGGACUGCCUCCCCACCAGCCCAGACUGUUCUUCCUACACCCUGCAGAGGCUGCUGGUGGCCGACACCUACAACAAGUGGGGCCGAGUCACCCUGCCCAUCCCUACCUACGCCAGGUCUCCGGCCACGCGGUUCCGUUGGUUCCAGCAGGCUCCGUUCGACAAGCAGCAGACCUGGGCUCUGGACAAUCUCUACAUUGGAGACGGCUGUCCUGACAUGUGCUCCGGACACGGACGCUGCCAGCAGAGCUCCUGUGUGUGUGACCCAGAGUGGAGAGGGGAGUACUGCGAUGAGCCUGUGGCCCCCCUGCCCUCCCAGCUCAAGGACAGUUUCAGCCGGGCCCCCUCCAUCAGCCACUGGCACCUGGUGACGGGCGGGAAGCUCAGCACCGUGUGUGGGGCCGUGGCAUCGGGGGCCGCCCUCCACUUCAGCGGGAGUUGUAGCCGCCAACUGGUGUCUGUGGACCUGAACCUGACCCAGGCAGAGUUUGUCCAGUUCUACUUCAUGUACGGCUGCAUGAUCCCGCCUAGCAACCGUAACCAGGGCGUGCUGCUGGAGUUCAGUUUGAACGGAGGCAUCAGCUGGAAUCUACUGACAGAGAUCUUCUACGACCUGUACAGCAAACCAGGGUUUGUCAACGUGCUGCUGCCCCCCGCAGCCCGACAGGAGGGUGUGCGCGUGCGCUGGUGGCAGCCGACCCACGAGGGGGCGGACCACAGCGACUGGGCGCUCGACAACGUGCUCAUCGCCGGCUCCGACCCGCGGGCGCAGAUCUCCGACACCUUUGGCGGGGUGGCGCUGCCCAAUCACGAGAGGGCGCCAGCCGACGGCGACCCCACCGGACGGAUAGGCCUGCUGAGUGAGGGCGAGGAGGAGAGCACCUCAGUGAGGGACCACUGGCUGUUCAGUGAGGACUGUGCCGUCCAGAGGUUCUGCAGCUCCCCCGAUGGUGUCAUGGUGUGUGGAAGUGAUGACGGGAGGGAGGUCUAUGCAGUCACACGUGACAUCGUUCCUGAUAAGGGAUGGGUCAUGCAGUUCAAGAUAGCAGUGGGCUGCAGUGUGCCCCAGCGGUAUGCAGAGCGACAGGUCCAUGUCCAAUUCUCUGUGGACUUCGGGGUGUCCUGGAGGUACCUGGCGCCCCAGUGUCUCCCUGCUGACCCCCGCUGUGGAGGACAGGUCUCCCAGCCCAGCGUGUUCUUCCCUGCCAUGGGCUGGAAGCGGGCUGUCUACCCCCUACCAGACAGCCUGGCCGACACGGCGGUGCGUUUCCGCUUCUACCAGCAGCACUCGGACACCCAGUGGGCUCUGGAUAAUUUCUACAUUGGGCCGAGCUGUGACAGACACUGUGGUGGACACGGAGACUGUCUGGACCAGAGAUGUCUCUGUGACCCCGGAUUCACUGGACCCAACUGCUACGCCAGCGAUGCACUGAAGGCAUCUCUGAAGGAACGUUUUGAUUGGGAGGGCGCCCCAGGCCCCCAGUGGCAGGUUCUGGAGGGGGGCCAUCCCUGCACUGACUGCGGAGUGCUGGUGGAGGGCACGGCUCUGUACUUCGGAGGAGCCGACGCCAGACAGGCGAUCACCGCCGACCUCGACCUCCGCGGAGCCAAGUUUGUAGAGUACUGGGCCAGGAUCGGCAGUGAAGACAACAUGACUUUGUGUCACCGCCCAACCUGUCGCAAAGAGGGAGUGCUGCUCGACUACUCUACAGACGGAGGUGUGUCCUGGACCCUGCUCCAUGAAAUGGACUAUCUGAAGUACGUGUCUGUGAGGCGUGAUUACAUAGUUCUACCAGAGGGGGCUCUGUCCAAUGCCACGCGGCUGAGGUGGUGGCAGCCUUUCUCUGUCUCCUUCGGCCUGGCUUCAUCUGGGCUGGAGCGUGCUCAGUGGGCCCUAGACAACAUUCUGGUGGGAGGGUCUGACAUCAACCCCUCCACCUUGAUUGACAACUUUGAUGACGAGGGUGUGUCCCAUGAGGAGAGCUGGAGCUUUUACCCGAACGCGGUGCGCACCGCAGGCUUCUGCGGCAACCCCUCCUUCCACCUCUACUGGCCUAACAAGAACUUGGACCAAACACACAACAUCCUGGCCACCCGCGAGCUCAUAGUCCAGCCUGGAUACAUCCUACAGUUCAAGAUUGUGGUGGGUUGCGAGGCAGACAGCUGUGAAGACCACCAUUCCGUCCUGCUGCAAUACAGGAAGGACGCCAGAUCUGACUCAUGGCAGCUGGUCCAGUCAGAAUGCCUUCCGUCUUCUGUGAACAACGUUGGCUGUUCUCCGUUCAUGUUCCAUGAGUCCACCAUCUACAGUCCUGUCAACAGCUCCACCUGGACCCGGGUCACCGUCCAGCUGCCUGACCACGUCUCCUCUGGGGCCACACAGUUCCGUUGGAUCCAGAAGGAGGGGGCCGGCGAGCGCCACAGCUGGGGCGUGGACCACGUGUACAUUGGAGAGGCUUGUUCGGGCAUGUGCAGUGGUCAUGGUUACUGUACCAGCGGGGUGGUCUGCAUCUGUGACGAGGGUCACCAUGGCGAUGACUGCUCCCUGUCCAGCAGUGACCUACCCAGCUCUAUAAAGGAUAACUUUGAGUCAGGCAGUGUGUCGGAGGAGAGCUGGCAACUCAUCCAGGGGGGCGGGGUUGGCAGUGGAUGUGGUCAGCUGUCCCCCCACGCCCACGGAGACUCUCUCUACUUCAACGGCUGUAAGAUGAGGCAGGCUGUCACCAAGCCACUAGACCUCACACGAGCCAGUAAGAUCAUGUUUGUGCUCCAGAUAGGCAGUGUGUCCCAGACAGACAGCUGCAACACAGCCCUGGACCAGGCUGACACAGUGGACCGGGCCGUUCUGUUGCAGUACACGGUCAACAGCGGGGUCAGCUGGCACGUCAUCGCCCAGCAUCAGCCCAAAGACUUCAUCAAGGCCCAGCGGGUCUCCUACAACAUCCCACUAGAGGCAAGGGUCAAAGGGGUGGAGCUGCGUUGGUGGCAGCCGCGUCACGACGGUGCAGGACAUGACCAGUGGGCGCUGGACCAUGUGGAAGUAGUUCUGCGGCCGGGGUUCCUGCCCCCCCAGACCUUUCUGCGAGACAGCAGCACCCCCCUCUACCACCUCCGCCCCCUCCUCCCCUCUCGCGCUCUAACCUCUGCUCUCUUCUGUAUUCUGCUCCCUGUGGCAUGGCUUACCCGUAAACAAAACUACAUGAUGAACUUUGCCAGACAGACCGGCCUACGCCACUACUACAGCCGGAAGAGGAGGGCACUGCUACAGCAGCGCGCCUAA